AUGAAUGAAAGUGCUGAAAACGAUCAAAAUACCAACAGUAAUGACAAUGAUAACAAUAGAGAUAUGGAAAUGCACACUGAAAGAAAUGACGCUACUAGUAGAAUCACUGAUGAACCCAUUAAUAACAAAUUGAUUGGUUAUACUUCUCACAAGAAAAGAAAGAACAGCGAAAAGGAUGCAUCUUCCACAGCUAACAAAAGACCUCUUGUUAUACCACUCUAUUCCCCUGUAUCACAAAGCUUUCCACAUCAGACCCAAUCUGAAUCUGAACCUCAACUUCAAUCCCACAGUUCCUACCAGUCUGUUAGAAAAAUCCAUGUUCAUGCAACAAGAGCUUCAAGAGCUUGCAAAGCCUGUCGUCGUCAGAAAACUAGGUGCUUUCCCUCCAAUUCAGUUGGAUGUCAAAGAUGCCAAUCCUUGGGAACAACUUGUAGCUUUGAAGAAGAGGCAUUUUUAAAUGGAUCCGAAAAUAUUUCAAGAGUCAGUGAGAAUAAUUCAAGUCUAUCUUCAGUCACAAAUUCUGCUAUGAAAUCAGACUUAAAUACAGCUAUCUCUAAUCCUCUCUUUUUAUCCUCCAAUUUGAAUAAUAUCAAUUCCUCCAGUGCUGUACGCAUUGAAGAAAAGUUGGAGUCACUUCAGACUCAGCUAAAUCAAAUCUUGAGUGUACUUCAAUUAACUAAAAGCUCUAAUAACAAUUACAAUAACAAUUCAAUCAAUAUCACCACUACUGCUACUGGCAAUAGAAGUAAUAAUAUCAAUAGCAACUGUUCUGAUGAUUUGAGAAAUGAUUUGAGAAAUGAUUUGAGAAAUGAUUUGAGAAAUGAUUUGAGAAAUGAUUUGAGAAAUGAUCUGGAAACUAAUUCCAGCAAUACCAAUGCUUAUAACACAACUGCGAUAGCUUCUCAAACUCACAAACAAAAGUCAUCAAACAUUUUUGCCAGUUUGUUUUCAGAUAAUACUGAUAUAUAUGAUAUACAGCCUGACCAAUAUUUGCACAAUGUGAGGUCCUUUACUAGCUAUUCUUCUUGUUUUUUAACGUCUCCUUAUAAUAUUAUAUCUCAGAUUGUUGAACCAAGAGAUUUGCCAUUAUCGAUUUUCCAGCUUUUCAAUCAUAAGACUGGUAGAGACGACAGUCUGAAUGCCAACAAAAAUAACUCAAAGAUUGAUAAAGAUAUCAUUUCAUCUGGAAUUGUCACACAGUCUGAAGCAUUAUCUCUUAUGAAUGAUUUUAGAAAUAGAUAUGGGAGAUGGUUAUCGUUUUCGGAAAAAUUAUCAACCUCAAAAAUUAUCGACAUCAUUUUAAAUAACUCAUCGUCAUCAUUGUUACUAACUGUUUGUUGCUGCUUGGCUUUGAAAUUCUCAAAUCCGUUACUAAAAUCCAAAAUUUACAAAAUUCUUUUACAUAAAAUUAAAAUUGAUUUGAAUAAGUCCUUGUUAGAAUUACCAAAUGACAUUCAAUUUAUUAGAGCGCUAGUAAUUUUGUCAAUUUAUGGUUCAAGUUUAAGUACCAAUGGUAUUUUGAUCUUUGAUAGCUGGAUAUUAAGUGGGCUAGCGUUGAAGCAUAUGUUAACCAUCAUCAACUAUAACAACAGUUUUCUCAAAGGUGAGUAUUUGAAAGGCUCUAGUUACUCUCAACUUGCAAAUAAUAAACUGCAAUACUUUUCGUCCAUGUCCAAUUUUGCGGAUGAAAACGAGUUUGAAGAGCUCACAUUAUAUCGUUUAUGGAACCACCUAUGCUUUAUCCAUUUAGUUAGUUGUAUUCAUAGUGGAAGAAUGUGUAUCCUUGAUGAAAUCAGAUUAAAUCAAGUUCGAAAAUCACUAGAAUUAUCUCUCUCGACCAAUUUUGAUGGUCGAAUGGUCGGGGAGACAUCUCUCCAACUCAUAAUAUAUAAUUAUCUCGAAACCUCAAAUGAGAUUUUUAAUUAUAACAGUGGUACCAACUCUGGAGGUCCAAUUAAUAAAGCCGAGAAUUUAUUUGAUAGUGCCGGCAACGAAAUUGACACCACUUUGCUUUCUCCUACUGGUUUUAAUGGUAAAAAUUUGGGAAAGCCAGAUCAAAAGCUGAAACAUGACUUUAAUUUGAAAAAAGACUUUUUAAAAGUGAAGGAGGAUCUCAAAAACUGGUCUCUUCAAUGGGGUUAUCUUUUUGAGCAACCUACUGUUCAAUUUGUUGAGUUUGGUUAUCAUUUUGGAUAUCUAUUAGUUCUAUACAGCUGGAACUUCAAGAAGAAUGCCAGCUUUAUUGAAAGGUUGUUUUUGAAUCAAAAAGUAUCGUCGUCUAAUUAUUAUUCUGAGAGCGCAAAUAGCUUCAACAAUGGUAAUAAAAAUAGGAUUAAAAAUAACUGCUAUAUUUCAACCGACGGCCAAAGUGAUAAAAAUAGUGACUUUGAAUUUACAAACUCAUUUUCCACUUGUUUUGUGUCUCCAUCAUUAACUGAAAACUUGAACGAUCGGGACCCCUCUUUAAAUCUUAUUGAUCUAGUUUUACUUUUUGCUGACAAGUUAUCGGUAAACUCGAUGAUAUACCAUUGCUUGAAAAUUAUUGAAGAUAUAUUAAAAAUAAAUAACAACUCUUAUUUCAUAUUUUUAUCAGAUAAAAUACAUUUUGAGUUAAAUUAUACUAUGUGCAUAUUGCUAAGGGUAUUGGGAAUAAUUUUUAAAAGAAGUAACUAUCAAGCCAUCAAAACCAGAUUAAACAAGCUAGUUUGUUGUAAUUCCCAAAGUUCAAAUGAAAGUACAUCGCUCGAUUCAAGUAAUAUUUAUGAUUUGGUGGUUGAUUUUGUUAAUAAUUCGAAUCGAUUUUUUGAUUUAAAAAUAAAGUCAAAUGUAUUCAAGAUAACAUUAUUGAAUUUGGAAGAAUCCAUUUUAAACCCAGAGAGCGUGAAUGUUACUGCGAAUAUGAAAUCAAAUAGCGGAAAAGUUCAAGUCAGUGAAGCAGAUCUAAAUUCAUAUUUGAUAAAAAUAAUGAAAAUUUAUAGAAAAUAUGAAUCAAUUGGAAUCCAUAGGAAAAAGCUACAGAUCACUAGAAAUAAUAAUCGGUCACAAAAUUCAAACCUUAUGACAUCGAAUAUUCAAAGAUUUUAUGACAGUGAUGAUACUCAUCUUAGUUUGAAUUCUGAUAUCAGCGAUUCAUUUAAUCAGUAUGAUAAUGGUAAUGAAGAUGUGAUUGUUAAAUACAUGAAUUCAAUCAAACACAACCUAAAUAGUAUUUUUCCCGAUUAUUUGAAUGCGUACAAAAAAGGUGAAAAAUACCAAGUGUUUGGAGAUGUAUCGGAAAACUUAAACCAACCAAACUGGAAAUAA